AGUACCGCUUGCUGCUUCCGUGAUGAUUUUCGGUAGAGGUGUUUUGGCGUUCCGCAGACUUAAGAUCCUGAAAACAAGCGGCGUCCGUUUCUGCUCUGAGAAAUCCUCCAUCAUGUCCCUGAGGAUUCCUGUCAAGAAAGUGCUGUGCGUGGCGGAGAAAAACGAUGCUGCCAAGGGGAUUGGUGACAUCAUGUCUAACGGGCGGAUGAGGAGGAGAGAAGGGUUUUCGAAGUAUAACAAGAUCUAUGAAUAUGAGUAUCAUUUGUUUGGAAGGGACGUGACGGUCAGCAUGACCUCUGUCUCUGGACAUUUGUUGGGGAUGGAUUUCCAGAGGCAUCUUAAAUCCUGGCACAGCUGCAACCCAGUUUCUCUUUUCGAUGCUGAAGUUGAGAAGGUUUGCUCUGAUGAUAUGGUUAACAUCAAGAGAACGCUGGAGCGAGAGGUUCGGCAGUGUCAGGUUCUUGUCAUAUGGACGGAUUGUGACCGAGAAGGGGAAAACAUCGGUUUUGAGGUUAUCGAUGUCUGCAAAGCAGUAAAACCCAAUUUGCAGGUAUUCCGUGCCCGCUUCUCAGAGAUCACCCCUCGUUCCAUCACAACAGCUUGUCAGAACUUGAUCCAACCAGAUCAGAACACCAGUGAUGCAGUGGAUGUAAGGAUGGAGCUGGACCUUCGGAUUGGUGCUGCUUUUACCAGAUUCCAGACUCUGCGCCUCCAGAAGAUUUUCCCCUCAGUGUUGUCUGAUCAGCUCAUCAGCUAUGGAAGCUGUCAGUUCCCCACCUUGGGGUUUGUGGUUGAGAGGUUCAAAGCUAUCCAGGCUUUUAUUCCCGAGACCUUCUACAAGAUCAAAGUGACUCAUGAACAUGAAGAUGGGAAUGUGGAGUUCACCUGGAAGAGGAACCGUUUGUUUAACCACACAGCAUGCCUUGUUCUCUACCAGAUCUGCAUGGAGGAUCCCACAGCCACAGUCGUUCAAGUGGGAAGCAAACCGAAGAGCAAAUGGAGGCCGGUGGCCCUGGACACUGUGGAGAUGGAAAAACUGGCUUCUAGAAAACUGAAAAUUGGAGCGAAGGAGACCAUGAAAAUUGCAGAGAAGCUUUACACGCAGGGGUACAUCAGUUACCCUCGAACUGAAACCAACAUUUUCCCCAAGGACUUGAACCUCACGCCAUUGGUUGAGCAGCAGACGCAGGACCCUCAGUGGGGUGGCUUUGCCCAACGCAUCUUGGAGAGGGGUGGGCCAACUCCCAGGAACGGGAGCAAGUCAGAUCAGGCCCAUCCUCCCAUCCACCCUACUAAGUACGCCAGCAACCUACAGGCAAAUGAGAAGCGCAUCUACGAGUUCAUUGUGCGCCAUUUCUUGGCCUGUUGCUCCCAGGACGCUCAGGGGCAGGAGACCACCGUAGAGAUCGACAUCGCCGCCGAGAGGUUUGUGGCUCACGGGCUGAUGAUUAUCGCCAGAAACUACCUGGAUGUCUAUCCGUACGACAAGUGGAACACAAAGGUCAUCCCUGUGUAUGAUAUGGGUCAGAGGUUCCAGCCCACCUUGGUGGAGAUGGUAGAUGGUGAGACCUCCGCACCACAGCUGCUAACAGAAGCCGAUCUCAUAUCUCUAAUGGAGAAACACGGAAUAGGCACUGACGCGACCCAUGCAGAGCACAUUGAAACCAUUAAGUCGCGUAUGUACGUUGGACUUACCCCUGAACAGAGGUUCCUUCCGGGAGAGUUGGGGAUGGGCCUGGUGGAGGGAUAUGAUUCCAUGGGCUUUGAGAUGUCCAAGCCAGACUUACGGGCAGAGCUGGAGGCAGAUCUAAAACUCAUCUGUGAAGGCAAAAAGGACAAGUUCACCGUCCUGAGACAGCAAGUGCAGAAAUACAAGCAGGUCUUCAUAGAGGCUGCAGCCAAAGCCAACAAGCUGGACGAUGCUCUGUCUCAGUACUUUGGCCAGGCAGCACAACUUGCGGAACAGCAGGAGAUCUACCCAGAAACGCCAGUGCCUAUACGAAAAUGUCCACACUGCAACAGGGAUAUGGUGCUGAAGACCAAGAGAGAUGGAGGGUUCUUCAUUUCGUGUUUGGGUUAUCCCAGCUGUAAAGCAUCAAUCUGGUUGCCCAGUUCAGUUCUGGAGGUGUCACGAGAUGACAGCGUGUGCGAUGUGUGCAGACCUCAUCCGGUACACAAGUUGAAGCUGAAGUUCAAGCGUGGCAGCAUCCCCCCUCUGAUGCCCCUGGAGUUUGUGGGCUGCAUUGGUGGCUGCGAUGAAACUCUUAGAGAAAUCCUGGAUCUGAAAUAUCUACAUGGUGGCAGCAGAGCACCCCAGUCUGGCCCUUCCCGUGAGAACAAUCACCUGCAGGUUAACCAGACAAGUAACCGAAUUACCAAUGGUCGAGGCGGCCAAAACAGACAACCGCCCGCCAAAAAAGACAGAAAGCCUCAACUGGUGACACCAGCUGUGCAGAGAAGUGCUCCGCCCAUCGGUGACAACCCUGAUAAUAACGAAGUGGUGUGCAACUGUGGUGUCAGCGCUGUGCAGCUCACCGUGCGCAAAGAGGGUCCCAACCAGGGGCGCCCGUUCUACAAGUGCAACGGCGGAAACUGCAAUUUUUUUCUGUGGGCCGAUCAGGAGAGCGGGCCUGGCAGGAGUCCCCCAGCGCUGCAGAUGUCUGCAGAACGUCCAUCAACCUCUUUCAACAGUUCUAGGGUCUCUGAAGGGUUCCGGAUGGCGGGAGGAAGCAGGGACUCAGAAUCGGGAGGACAGGGAAUGUGUAAUUGCAAUCAGCCGGCCAUCACGCUCACCGUGCAGAAAGAAGGGGCCAACAAAGGCAGACAGUUCCACACCUGUGCAAAACCCAGAGAGCAACAGUGUGGCUUCUUCCAGUGGGCCGACGAGAACGUCCCUCCAGGUCCCUCUGGAGAUUAUCCCACCACAUUCGGAGGAGGGUCUGGAGCACAGCGAGGAUUUGGCCAGAAAAAUAAAAGAACUGAUAACUCAGACAGAGCUCCGACAGCCAAGAGACAGCGCACAUGUGGCAUCUGUCACCAGCCAGGCCACAACCGCACUAACUGCCCUCAGAACAGAUGA